AUGGCUGAAGAGAACACCUUUUUCAACUUCUCCAAGGAGGAGGAGAAGGUCUUAGAGCAGUGGGAUAAGCUUGAUGCUUUUCAAAGAACUCUCGAAUUGACGGAAGACCUCCCGCCUUUUGCGUUUUUUGAUGGACCUCCAUUUGCAACCGGUACUCCCCAUUAUGGUCACAUCUUGGCCUCCACCGUGAAGGAUAUCAUCCCUCGUUAUGCCACCAUGAAUGGUCACCAUGUUGAAAGACGUUUUGGCUGGGACACUCACGGGUUGCCUGUGGAACACGAGAUUGACAAAAAAUUGGGCAUCACUGGUAAGGAAGAUGUUAUGAAAAUGGGUAUUGAUAAGUAUAACAAUGAAUGCCGUUCCAUCGUCAUGAGAUAUGCUGAUGAGUGGAGACAAACCAUACGCCGUUUGGGUCGUUGGAUCGAUAUGGAUAAUGACUACAAGACUUUGUACCCAGAAUUUAUGGAGUCUGUAUGGUGGGCUUUCAAACAAUUGUAUGAGAAAGAUGCAGUGUAUAGAGGCCUCAGAGUGAUGCCUUACUCUACUGGGUGUACUACUCCAUUGUCAAACUUUGAAGCUCAGCAGAACUAUAAGGAUGUCAAUGAUCCAGCCGUCACCAUUGGUUUCCCAUUGGUGGACGAUGAGAACACUUGGUUGGUGGCAUGGACGACAACCCCAUGGACCUUGCCUUCCAAUAUUGCUCUUGCGGUCAAUCCAGAGCUCGAGUAUGUCAAGAUCUUUGACGAGGAGAAGCAAAGACACUACAUCUUGUUGGAGCAAUUGAUCAAGACUUUGUAUAAGAAGCCUGCUGCUGCCAAAUACAAGGUAGUGGAGAAAAUGAAGGGUAAGGAGUUGGCUGGUCUCAAAUACAAGCCCGUCUUUGACUACUUUUACCAAACAUUCAAAGAUUACGGUUUUAAGGUCAUUCUUGCCGACUACGUUACUGAUGAUUCCGGUACCGGUAUUGUUCACCAGUCCCCAGCUUUCGGUGAGGCCGAUUUCUCUGCUGCAACUGAGGCUGGUAUCAUCAACGAAAAGAGAACCCCUCCAAACCCGGUCGACGACAAUGGUAAGUUCACCCUGGCUGUGAGUGACUUUGCUGGCGUUUACGUCAAGGAUGCUGAUAAAUUGAUCAUCAAAAAGUUGACGGAAAAUGGUAGGCUUUUGCUUGCUACUCAAAUCAAUCACUCGUACCCAUUCUGUUGGAGAUCUGAUACGCCAUUAUUGUACAGAACUGUGCCAGCAUGGUUCGUUCGUGUUACCGAUGUUAUUCCACAGAUGUUAGAGAACGUUGAGAAGACUAACUGGGUGCCAUCAAAUAUCAAGGAAAAGAGAUUCUCUAACUGGAUCUCUAAUGCAAGGGACUGGAAUGUAUCCAGAAACAGAUACUGGGGUACCCCUAUCCCAUUGUGGGUAAGUGAAGAUUUUGAGGAAGUCGUCUGUGUUGGCUCUAUCGAGGAAUUGAAGCAGUUGUCUGGUCGUAAUGACAUCACCGACAUCCACAGAGAGAGCAUCGACAGCGUCACCAUCCCUUCAAAGAGGGGUAAAGGUACUUUGAAGAGAAUUGAAGAAGUCUUCGAUUGUUGGUUCGAGUCCGGUUCUAUGCCUUAUGCUUCCAAGCACUACCCAUUUGAAAGAAAGGAUUCUUUCCACAAUGCAUUCCCAGCCAAUUUCAUUUCUGAAGGUUUGGACCAAACCAGAGGGUGGUUUUACACUCUUACAGUUUUGGGCACCCACUUGUUUAACACAGCACCAUACCAGAACGUCAUUGUUUCUGGUAUUGUCCUCGCCGCUGACGGGAAAAAGAUGUCCAAGCGUUUGAAGAACUACCCAGACCCUGGCAUAGUUUUGGAGAGGUACGGUGCCGAUGCUUUAAGAUUAUACUUGAUCAACUCCCCUGUCUUGAGAGCUGAAACAUUGAAAUUUAAAGAGGAAGGUGUCAGAGAAGUUGUCUCUUCCGUUUUGCUUCCAUGGUACAACUCUUUCAAAUUCUUGAAGGAUUCUGCUGAGGUUUACAAAAAAGAUAAUGGCCAUGCAUUUGUUUACGACUCUUCCUUGACCUCCAACAACGUCAUGGACAGAUGGUUAUUGGCAUCGAUUCAGUCUUUGGUCAAAUUCGUCCACGAUGAGAUGCGCAGCUACAGAUUGUACACUGUUGUUCCAAAAUUGUUAGCGUUGAUUGAUAAUUUGACGAACUGGUACAUCAGAUUUAACCGUCGUCGUAUCAAGGGUUAUUCGGGCGAAGGUUUGGAUGACACGAGAAAGGCUCUCAAUACGUUGGCUGAAGCUUUGUUCAUUUUGUCCAGACUCAUGGCUCCAUUCACUCCAUUUUUGGCCGAUGGUAUCUACCAAAGAUUGAAGCCGUUCUUUGAAGUGAAGGACUUGGAAAGCUUUUCUGUGAAUCCUAAGAUCAAGGACACUGGUUCCGUGCACUUUUUGGCUUACCCUGAGGUGAGGGAGGAGUUAUUCGACUCUGAUAUUGAGGUUGCUGUUUCUAGGAUGCAAAAGGUCAUCGAGUUAGGGCGUAACAUCAGAGAAAAGAAAAUGAUAUCCUUGAAAACCCCAUUGAAGGAGUUGGUGAUCUUGCAUUCAGAUUCGUCCUAUUUGAAGGACAUUGAGUCUUUGAAGGGAUACAUCCUUGAGGAAUUGAAUGUUCGUAACAUUGUCAUCACGGAUGAUGAAGCUGCAUACGGUGUCGAAUAUAAGGCUGUUGCUGACUGGCCAGUUCUUGGUAAGAAAUUGAAGAAGGAUGCCAAGAAGGUCAAGGCAGCCUUGCCAAACGUGUCUUCUGAGGAUGUUAAAAAAUUUGCAGAAACCGGCAAAAUUACUGUGGAUGGAAUUGACCUCGUAAGUGAAGAUUUGCAAGUCCAGAGAGGAUUGCCAGAGAAGGAAGUUUCCUCCGGCCACGAGUCCAGAUCGGACAGGGAUGUCUUAAUCAUCUUGGACACCAAUGCUUAUGCUGAUUUGCAAAGUGAAGGUUUGGCGAGAGAAUUGAUAAACCGUAUCCAAAGAUUGCGUAAGAAGGCCAGCUUGAACGCUACUGACGAUGUCAACGUCGAGUACGAAUUGAUCAAGGACACAAUUACUUUUGAAGAAGUCAUUGAAACGAAUAAGGAAAUGUUGCAAAAAUGCUCGCAUAGCCCGUUGAAGCCAUUCACCACCUCUCCACAGGAGACUGUUAUCAUAACGGAAGAACAGACUAUCAACGAUACUGUGUUCUAUUUGAGAUUGUUAAAACUCUAA